GGCUAGAUUGAUUAUACAGCAGCAGCAGGAGCUGAGACUCCGAGCUGAGCGAGCGUCAGGGUGAAAAGGAAAGAGAGAGAAAGAGAGGGAGAGAGAGAGAGGGAGAGAGAGAGAGAGAGAGGAACGCAAGGUGGGGAGGAAGCCAGCGCACGUUCCAUAGAAUCACUAUGUGACUGCUUGUGCCCGAUAAUCUUGCUCUGUAGCUCCCUCAGUGAACAACUUACUGAGGUGCCUUUCUUUUUACAAGAGGAUGUCAGCUGUGAGCUCCAGCAGGAAAUAACAGACUUCACCUUGGAAUAGCUCAUCUUACUCCUGCAUCAUUAAAGCGGAUUUUGAAAAGGAAACAAAAAUCAAGUCCCUCUUCCAGUUCCACUUUGUUCCAGCAUUGAACAGGAACAGUUUCAUGCUCCAGGACUGAACCCCUGCAAUAUAUAAGGAGAACACAUAUCAUCAAACAUUCCUGAAGUGAUUUAUAAGAUAGACUGAAGAGGAGCAAGAACAGAAACAGGGAGCCAGCUACAGAUCUAUCCCGAGAGUUCUGAGGAGAGAUGAUGGUGUCUGCAGCAGAUUGACAGCAGUGAAGAUUGAGAGAACAGGUUGAAAAUGGUUGCUUGUGUUCAACUACUGUGAAGAGUUGGAAUCAGACAACUACAGCUGUGAUUUUCCAAGUGGUUAAGAAUGUAAAUAUGAUCUGAUCUUUCCCUGAUGGACAGUUAAAUCAUGGACACUCUAAACAAUUUACUUCGGACUGUCCUUCCUAAAGAUGCUUUGGCUUCUCUCUUGAAUGCUCACUAAGCAUUUGUAGCUGACAAGGAAAAGAAGGAAAACUGUGAAUUGGAAAGUUAUCUUACAAUGAAAAUUACGAGCACAUCUUGCAUCUGUCCAGUCCUAGUGUGUCUCUGUUUUGUGCAGAGGUGUUAUGGAACUGCUCACCACAGCUCCAUCAAGGUGACGAGAAACCAAACCAAACACAUUGAAGGUGAAACCGAAGUCCACCAUCGUCCCAAAAGGGGAUGGGUAUGGAAUCAGUUCUUUGUUUUAGAAGAACAUAUGGGACCAGAUCCUCAGUAUGUUGGAAAACUGCACUCCAAUUCUGACAAAGGUGAUGGAUCUGUCAAGUACAUCCUUACUGGAGAGGGUGCUGGGACUAUAUUUAUCAUUGACGAUACCACGGGUGAUAUCCACUCAACAAAAAGCCUAGACAGAGAGCAGAAGACCCACUAUGUGCUUCAUGCUCAAGCUAUUGACAGACGUACAAACAAACCUCUUGAACCUGAAUCUGAGUUCAUCAUCAAAGUGCAAGACAUCAACGACAAUGCUCCAAAAUUCACAGAUGGACCAUACAUUGUUACUGUGCCUGAAAUGUCAGACAUGGGUACCUCUGUUCUACAGGUGACAGCCACUGAUGCAGAUGACCCUACCUAUGGAAACAGCGCUCGGGUGGUUUACAGCAUUCUCCAGGGACAACCAUACUUCUCUGUGGAUCCUAAAACAGGAGUUAUUAGAACAGCCUUACAUAACAUGGACAGAGAAGCCAGAGAACAUUACUCAGUGGUUAUUCAAGCCAAAGACAUGGCUGGGCAAGUUGGAGGGCUUUCAGGAUCUACAACCGUCAACAUCACCUUAACCGAUGUCAACGACAACCCACCACGCUUUCCUCAGAAACACUAUCAGCUCUAUGUUCCUGAGUCAGCUCAAGUUGGUUCAGCUGUUGGGAAAAUCAAGGCAAAUGAUGCAGACACUGGCUCAAAUGCUGACAUGACAUACUCCAUCAUCAAUGGUGAUGGUAUGGGGGUAUUCUCCAUCUCCACUGACAAAGAGACAAGAGAAGGAAUCCUUUCUUUAAAGAAGCCACUGAACUACGAGAAAAAGAAGUCAUAUACCCUCAACAUAGAAGGAGCAAAUACACAUCUUGAUUUUCGCUUUUCUCACUUGGGUCCUUUUAAAGAUGCUACCAUGCUGAAGAUCAUUGUUGGGGAUGUAGAUGAACCACCACUGUUUUCCAUGCCUUCCUACGUCAUGGAAGUCUAUGAAAAUGCCAAGAUCGGGACCGUCGUUGGUACAGUUUUGGCACAAGACCCUGACAGUGCUAACAGCUUAGUCAGAUACUUCAUCAACUACAAUGCUGAAGAUGACAGAUUUUUCAACAUUGAUGCCAAUACUGGAACCAUUAAGACUACAAAGGUUCUUGACAGAGAAGAAACUCCAUGGUACAAUAUCACAGUCACUGCUUCAGAAAAUGAUAAUCCUGAUUUGCUGAGCCAUGUCACAGUCGGUAUUAGAGUUCUGGAUGUCAAUGACAAUCCACCUGAACUUGCCAGGGAAUAUGACAUUGUUGUCUGUGAAAAUUCUAAGCCUGGUCAGGUUAUUCACACCAUCAGUGCCACUGAUAAAGAUGAUUUUGCCAAUGGACCAAGGUUUAACUUCUUUCUUGAUGAACACCUGCCUGUAAAUCCAAACUUCACUCUGAAGGACAAUGAAGAUAACACAGCCAGCAUUCUGACAAGGCGGAGGAGAUUUAGUCGAACUGUUCAGGAUGUGUAUUAUCUGCCCAUUAUGAUCUCUGAUGGUGGAAUCCCCUCUCUCAGCAGCAGCAGCACCCUCACCAUCAGGGUUUGUGCAUGCGAGAGAGAUGGGCGCGUGCGGACCUGCCAUGCAGAAGCCUUCCUGUCCUCGGCUGGUUUGAGUACAGGAGCCUUAAUCGCUAUUCUUCUGUGUGUUCUCAUUCUCCUGGCAAUUGUGGUACUUUUUAUCACCCUGAGGCGCAGCAAAAAAGAACCCUUGAUCAUUUCAGAGGAGGAUGUACGGGAGAACGUGGUCACCUACGAUGACGAGGGAGGUGGAGAGGAAGACACAGAGGCCUUUGACAUCAUAGCCUUGAGGAAUCCUUCUGCUGCUGAGGAGCUCAAGUACCGGAGAGAUAUCAGACCUGAAGUGAAGCUCACUCCCAGACACCAGACAUUGUCCACCCUCGAAAGUAUAGAUGUUCAGGAAUUUAUUAAGCAAAGACUGGCAGAAGCAGACCUAGACCCUAGCGUUCCCCCUUAUGACUCUCUUCAGACUUAUGCCUAUGAGGGUCAGAGAUCAGAAACUGGGUCUAUCAGCUCACUGGAUUCAGCAACGACACAAUCAGACCAGGAUUAUCACUACCUUGGAGACUGGGGACCUGAGUUUAAAAAGUUAGCUGAACUCUAUGGAGAAAUAGAAUCUGAAAGAACAACUUAGGGGGUAAAUUGUUGCAACUUUGUGGAAUUUGCUUCCUGAGUAAGUGGAGAUACAACCUCAGCAAUGACAAGGAAGACGUAUGGAAACAGUACUUGGAACUGAGCAAACUGGACACAGCUCCUGUAGAAACAAGUGCCCUUUUCAUGAUCGAAACUGGGUUAUUUAAUUGGAAGAAAGU